GAAAGGGUCAGAGAGCCACUUCUUCGACAGGCAGCAGCUGCACGUUUCUACACUCUCACACUUCACCAUUAACCUACAUUUUUACCACUUGGCUCGAAACGGUUAGUCCUGUGGAUUCUCUAGGUUGUCAACCGUGUAUCGUCACCACUACGGAGCGUGUUUUGUUUUUAUUUCUCACCGGAUUCUAGAAGUAACGUGCGGCGGAGAACCUGAGCUAGCAGGCUAGGUGGCUAACGGUUAGCUAGCGUUCUGGCUAGCUGCACACGCUGAGGGGUGAGGCGGCUUGCCUACUAUAGUGUCACAACGUUUGAUGGAUCCGAGGAUCGCCUGGUUUCAACCAGAACAACGUGGACCAGCAAACAACCUGUGGAUGCAGAUUUGGGAGACGACACAAGGGCUCGGCUACUUGCAUGUAAAUAACAGUGCUGGAUCUCAGAGCACGUCGAGCCGCCUUCAAGCGCUUGUCAACGGGGCGUGUGGAGCAAGAAACGGGGCACUGGGUGACUCAAACAACGGGGGGAGGACUCAGGGAAUGUCGUCCUUAAGGGGGAACGGGGACAUCACGGCGCAACGGGACUUUAUACCACUGGACAGUAAUAACAGCAACCAGAACAACCGGGGAGCCGGCGGCAGGCAGGGCGGUGUCGGCAGCGGAGGGGGGCAACAGGGCAGCGGGGUCUCUGUGCUGUGGAGGGGGCUGACGGACGGACACCCCAACAAAAGGAAAAGAGACAACAAAGCUAGCACUUUUGGAUUCAAUUCCAGCCCCUUGAACAGUGGCUCCAACACAGGAGGCUGUGAUGGAUACUCUGGGACGCCAUGGAAAGUCAGGAACUACUCCGAGGGGAUUAUAGGGUUACACGAGGAGGUCAGCGACUUCUUCGAGUACAUCUCCCCGCGGCCGGAGGAGGAGAAGAUGAGGCUGGAGGUGGUGGACAGAAUAAAGGGAGUCAUCCACGACCUGUGGCCCAGUGCUGAGGUCCAAGUGUUUGGGAGCUUCAGCACUGGUCUCUAUCUGCCAACAAGUGACAUCGACCUGGUAGUUUUCGGGAAAUGGGAGACCCUCCCACUGUGGACGCUGGAGGAGGCGCUCCGGAAGAGGAACGUCGCAGACGAGAACUCCAUCAAGGUUUUGGACAAGGCAACGGUUCCCAUCAUCAAACUGACGGACUCCUUCACUGAGGUCAAAGUGGACAUCAGCUUCAACGUGAAGAGUGGAGUGGAAGCCGCUCGCCUCAUUAAGGAAUUCAAAGAGAAAUACCCUGUGCUGCCUUACCUGGUGCUGGUGUUGAAGCAGUUCCUCCUGCAGAGGGACCUCAACGAAGUUUUCACCGGAGGGAUCGGCUCCUACAGCCUCUUCCUCAUGGCUGUCAGCUUCCUGCAGCUUCACUACAGGGAGGAUGUGUGCAGCCCCAACAUCAACAUCGGCGUUCUGCUCAUCGAGUUCUUCGAGCUCUACGGGCGCCACUUCAACUACCUGAAAACGGGCAUCCGGAUAGCAGACGGUGGCUGCUACGUCGCCAAAGACGAUGUGCAGAAGAACAUGAUGGACGGCUACAGGCCCUCCAUGCUCUACAUCGAGGACCCGCUGCAGCCAGAUAACGACGUGGGUCGGAGUUCAUACGGUGCCAUGCAGGUGAAGCAGGCCUUUGACUACGCCUACGUGGUGCUCAGCCACGCCGUGUCCCCCAUCGCCAAAUACUACCCCAACAGUGAGACCGAGAGCAUACUGGGCCGAAUAAUCCGAGUAACACAGGAAGUGGACGACUACAGGGAAUGGAUCCGGAAGAACUGGGGGAGCCAGUCUCAGAACGACCAGCCGCUCAACAAAAAUGACGUCACGCGGCUCGAGUCCCAGCAGCUCGACGAGUGCAACAACAACGUCCCGGAUGAUGAAGAUGACGAGGAUGAAGAUGUUGUUGUUCUACCGUCGCCGCCCUGCAGCAAAACCUCCUCAAACUCCUCCUCGCCGUCCCCCUCCCUGCGCUCCUCACCUUCCUCCUCCUCCCCUCUGUCGCCUUCUUCCACGUCCUCCACCUCCAGCUCCAGCGACGCGGACUCUGACGGCACGCCUUGUAAGACGGCGAAGCAGCAGCAGCAGCAGCAGUCCGGCCGCGGAAACAGCAAACACAGAGAAAAGUCUGCAGUCGUCAAUAACAACCGGACACAGAGCAACAGUAACAGCACUCCAUCAGGAAGCAACAAGGGAGGAAAGGCCAGGAUGUCUCGUUCUCACCAUAAGAGCGGCAACAACGCGCAGCAGAGCUCGACCUCCACCACCAAGAGCCACCAGAGCAACAAGCCUCACCAGCAGGGCAACAGCAAGAAGAGGAAAAAUGUGCGGGACUCCACACAAGAAGACCUCUGCAGAUAGGGGACACCUGGCCCUCGUCUCUCUGACUGUCCUGUCCCACUGCUGCUGCAGAGUCCAGCCUCCGGAUGUCGCUGGGAGCUAAACCCCACAGCCGGGAUCUGUCGAGCUUUUUCUACGGGGAAACUAGCAAGGAAAUAAAAAGAACAAAAAAAUAAAUAAAGAAUGGUUUUAGGAAACGGGGGUUUAAUUUCAUGGACCUGGAUUGAAAUGGGAAAGGAUAAAUGCUCACACGCCUCCCUGAAGCUUCUUUUAUGGAGUGGUUUUCCUUCCCACAGCCACAAAAACAUGCCUCUUGCACCUCCUGCUGUACGGGGACACACAGGAAUUGACUGCAGAGCAAACCUUGCUGCUGCUGCUGCUGCUGCUGCUGCUCCUGCUCUUGCUGCUGCCGGCUGGACAAUACAAUGAUGUUUUAUCCCUAAAAAAAAAAGAGGAAAAAAUGGCUGAAAAUGUACAAAAUCAAAGAUGUGUAAGAAGACAUGGUUCCUUACAAAUGCAAUCAGUAAGAGUGGGACAUAACUUAUGCAUGAUUUUUUUUUCGUUGGUUGAUUUUUCCUGUUGGUCUGGUUUGUUAUGUUUAAACAGACUCUACAAAUAUUUGUACAAAAAAAAAACGCAAAAAAAUAUCUAUAUAUAUGAAUAAGAAAAAAAUGUUUCAUAAUACCUUUUUACAAGAUAUACCGAUGGAAGACAUGUAAACGUGCACAUCUCGUGCCCUUUUUUUUUGGCCAAAGCCAAGAUCUUGGGGGUCCCAUUGCCAACAUAAAUCAUCAGCAUCGUGUGUGUGUGUGUGUGUGUGUGCACGUGCGCAAAGCCGUAAUGGAUGUGUGGUUGACUUUGUAUGUGUGUGAGAGUUCAACUUUCCUGUGAGUGUGAGAGAGAGAGAGCAAAUGAACACACACAGCCCUAUAGACCACCAGAGGCUAUGAGACUACAGGUAUAAAUUAAUAGGAGGUGAUUUGGUUUUUAUCCAGAAAUCCUACACAAAGUGUUAACAAUACAACUGUGGGGGUUCCUUUUGGUUCUUUACCUGCUGCAAAAUCAUUUGUAUUUGUUAAAUGUAUUUAUUUUUUUAUUAAUUAUAUGAACAUAGUAUAUAAUUAACAUUAGAGCCCGUAUCGUUGAGGCCUAUAUUGAAGUAGGACGAGUUGAGCGCGAGGGUGGGAUAUGUUCAGGUUCAGAGAAAUAAUCACAUUUAUUAUCAGUUGUUUUUUUUCCAGUUGAGUGACCAAGUUUCUUUUAAGACUUUAAGAGACCAUUUUAAAAGUUCUACAGUGAGGAUUGUGUUUUAAUGUGUGGCUGGUCUACCUACUUUAAAAGCAGAUUUUUUAUUUUAUCUUCAUAUGUCCGCUCCCUCUCUCCUGUAGAUGGCGUCGUUGCUCUUACUCCACAGAGUUUGGAGCUUGUAAACUGCAUUUGGAUGGUUCCUUUCUGUGUCAUUUCUUUAAAUUAUGUUCUGAUUAUUCAUCUGAAUGCAUGCUGGAUGGAGUUUCACACCAAAAGCACACCACAAUCGUCCUUUUGUCUCUGUGCAACAGUACCAGGUAGACAGCAAUAACAACAGCCUUUCCAUGAUACACAUAACGAUCCUCUUCACAGCGACCCUCAGCCACAAAGCGGCAGACUCACCGUCGUCUCAUCUUCUGUGUUCACACACUGAAGCACAUUUUGAUGCCUUGCAGCCAGUUGUAUGUGGUGUUGAAAAGUUGAAGGUACAAUUUAUGCCCCCCCUCUCCUCUCUUCUUCCUCAUCCCUCGGUGCUACAGUGGAGGUUUAAAAUGCAGUAUGUGAGCGCUGGAGAAUAACGUUAGCCGUGCCAGCUGAAUGUCCACAGACCCUGUUCACAGCAGAUGGAUUCAAACUCAACUCAUCUGAAACAUCGUUUCUCUGCAGCUACUACAAUUCAUGCAAUAAAAACAGUACAAUUACA